AUGUUGUUCCUGCAGUAUUUCCUGACUGUGCUAUGCCUCUCGCUCGUGUCUCUCGCACAGAAGUAUAGCCUCUCAGACCUACAGUGGACACUUAAAAAUUCAAAUGGAUCCAUCUCUGUCCCUGCGCAAGUUCCGUCACAAGCUCAUCUCGAUCUCCUGCGAGCAGGAAUUAUCACGGAGCCUUUGCUCGGCGCGAAUGAUUUUACGCAGAGAUGGGUUGCGAAUGAGAACUGGACAUAUACUGCCGAUUUGAGUCCUUUCACAGCUACUCUGGAGGGAGGAUCGACGGAAAAGACACUACUUGUUUUCUAUGGCAUCGAUACUGUUGCCAAUAUUGUGAUACCUCAGACAAUGCUUGGACAGCCUGUUGCAUGGGUAAACAACCAGUUUAGGCAAUAUGUAUAUGACGUUUCAGCGAUUCUGGCAGGCAAUAGUUCGAGUGGUGACGAUAACUUGACUGUCGCAUUUGAGGCAGCAAGUACAUAUGGGCUUAAUGUCAGUUCAAGACCAGACGUGGAGUGGGACCUAGAGGGAAUUUCUGUGUUUGAAUAUCCUGGAGGACAUCCAUGGGUACGAAAAACUGCCUCAGAUUUCGGUUGGGACUGGGGACCUGCUUUCGUUCCGAGUGGAAUAUUCAAGCCAGCAUACUUCAUCGCCCUAGGAGACAGCAACUCGACCACUACUUCAUCUUCAGUAUCAUCCGUCACUUUUGGUCCAUUCGUAUUUGUCGAAGAGAAGUCGAUCGAAAUAUCGAAAGUCGGUCAAAAGCCUUCACUUCGACCUAAUGAAACCGCCGAUUGGCUAGUUAAUGUCACGCUUGGAUUACGAUCCUCUCAAGCAUUUGAUAACCUCAGCAUGAUCAUUUCGUUCCCAGAGCUUAAUGUGACAUCUGAAGCUCUCCCGCUUGCGUCAAUUCCGGGAGACACUUCUCAGUCAACGUUUGUAUCAGCGAACAUGACUGUACUAGACGGAGUUCCUGAGCGUUGGUAUCCUCAUAACCUUGGUACACCUCAGCGAUACAAUAUCACUGUCUCACUCAUCCCUGCGAAUGUUACUUUCACCACUACGACCGGCUUCCGUACUAUUGUCCUGGUGCAGGACCCGUAUCCACAGUCGGAUGUGGAGACAAGAGGCAUAACACCUGGCGAUCAGUUCCAUUUUGAAGUCAAUGGCAAGGCGUUCUAUAGCCUGGGCACUAAUAUCAUCCCCUUUGAUCCGUUCUACUCUCGAAUGACCACUGCACAAGUACGCUGGGUAGUCGAGAGCGCAGUUCUGAGCGGGCAAAAUAUGCUCCGAGUUUGGGGUGGAGGAAUCUACCAACCUUCCGACGAAGAAACAGGCGUAUACAAUUUCUACGAAACUUGCGACGAACUCGGAAUACUGGCCUGGUCUGAACUCAUCUUCUCAGACAACCUUUACCCGAUCAACGAUUUUCUUCUCGAGUCGAUUGCACCUGAAGUUCGACAGAACGUAAGACGCACGAACAGGCACCCCAGUAAUGCUCAAUGGGCAGGAGGCAAUGAGAUUGAAGGAAUUGUUGAAGUCGUCAAUACGACGCUUGCUAAUGGGACGCACUAUUUGGAUGAGUUCGUCGAGUUGUUCCAAGACUUCUUGCAUGAUAUUGUGCUUAACGAAACGUCUUCGUUAUCAUAUACGGAUUGCUCAACGACGAGCGGCUAUCUUAGUCUCGAUCCGUAUGUCCUGAGAUUCCGCAACGGGACACCUGGAGAAAUCUAUGGGAACAGCGAGCGUUAUAAUUAUGAUGCAUCCCAAGCAUUCAACUAUAGCACAUAUCCAGUUUCUCGCUAUGUGAAUGAGUUCGGGUUCCACUCUAUGCCUUCCUUCUACAGCUGGGAAGAAGUACUCGAAUCCCCAGACGACUUCUCUUUCAACUCAACAAUCGUCUUCUCUCGCGACCACCAUCCUCCAGCAGGAGGUCUUACCUGGCCAAAUCCAAACGCCAACCAAGGACAAGCGCAAAUGACAGAAGCAGUGGAACUUUGGCUACCUACUCCCGGGACUAACGAUUCGAAUCAGACGUUUGCUCAAUGGUGUUGGAGUACCCAGAUUUUCCAAUCCCUGAACAUGAUUUCUGAAAUAGCUUGGUACCGACGCGGUGCGGGACUCGGAGAGAAUAACCUUGGUGCGCUGGUGUGGCAGUUGAAUGAUAUUUGGCAGGGUGUAAGUUGGUCAAGUAUCGAAUACUCUGGACGCUGGAAGGUCCUACAAUACGCUCUCGGCGGGGCCUUCGCACCGGUGACUAUCUAUCCAUUCUGGACACCGGAGAACCAAACUCUCGAAGUACUCGUUACCUCAGACCGUUGGGAGACUGUCAACGGGACUGCGCAACUAACGUGGUUCAACUGGGCAGGCAACGUGUUGAACUCCAGUUCACAUAACUUCACGACUCCGACUCUCAAUAAUAGCGUGAUAUUCUCAGCUACGGGCCUUGAGAAUAUCCUCCCUACGGGAGCAAAUGCAUCUGAUGCAUGGAUGCUCCUUAACGUCACUGCAGAAACUGAAAGUGGACAAGUUACGAACGAGCAAUACUUCACCCCGACACCAUUGGCCAAUGCUUCACUUAUUGAUCCGCAAAUUAACGUUACGAGGGGUCCAAACCUGACUUUUACACUUUCUGCUCAAGGUGGCGUGGCGCCUUUCACUUGGCUAGACCACCCAUCAGGUACCGUAGGCAUUUUCGUGGACAGCACAACUGGCAAGCCGUCCAACGGAUUUUAUCUGGUUCCAGGGAACGAUAGGACUGUUCAAUUUGUCUUGAACGACGGUCUGUCGAAAGUGUCCGAUCCCGAUCCUGCGGACUUCGUUGUUAGGUCGUUAUGGAACAAUACACAUGCAUAA